AUACGUGUCUAAAGUUUUAAAUUAAUGAACCGGUCGGACAUUAAAAUAAAAUUUAGGAAACUACCCUAUUAUGUCAAUUUGACUACUAUUUUGAUGUCUACUUUAACCAGACCAGACUAAAAUACAAACGUAUGUUGCGACUCGUCAAGUAAGCUGUCAAAAUAAAACCUUAAUUAACAAAUGUUAAGUCAAUAUUCAUAGUCGCAUUCGCUAAUAUCAUCGGCAGAUAUUUGCAAACAAAUUAACUUCGUUAUUGAGCAAUUAUUUAAAUAUUUUCCUGAUAUCUUUUGUAACUUACUAUCAUCUAGUGUCGUUUAGGCGUCGACUUCAGAGAUAGUUGUUCAACUAAAAGUUGUGUGUAUUGCGCUUUGAAGUGUACAAUACUGCGUUCAGAAACCGUGUGUACGAGUGAGAAUGGAAUGUGGGCAUGUGCAGGCACGGCGCGCGCGAGCGCCUGCUGGCGCGCGUGUGCGGCACGGUGCCGUACGCCGCGCCCGAGGUGCUGCGCGCCGCCGCGCGGCCCUACCGCGCGCCGCCCGCCGACCUGUGGGCCGCCGCGCUCGUGUUGCUCGCCAUGUUGGCUGGCGAAUUGCCGUGGGAGCGCGCGUGCCCGUCUGACGCGCGAUUCGCGGCCUGGAGCGCGUGGUGGGAAGCGAACUGCGCGGACGCGGGGCCGCCGCCGGCCGGGCCGUGGCGCAAGCUGAGCGGCGCUGCACUGGCGCUCGUGCGACGCGCGCUGGCGCCCGACGCGAGCCGCCGCGCGGGGCUGUCUGCCCUCAAGGCAGCCACUUGGGCGCGCGCGCGGCUGUGGCCGGAGAACGAGGAGCGCGCGUGGCGUUCCCAGCCCACGGCGGGUGACGCGACGGACGCGCCCGACGAGCUGUCGGCGGCCGACAUGGACGCGCUCAUCAGCUACUCGCAGCCCCUGGGCGCGGCCGGCGGCGUGCGCCUGCGCGCGGCGGCGCUGCGCUGCGGCGGCUGCACGCUGCUGGAGUUCCGCCGCACGCGCGGCUGCGGGCUGCAGUUCAAGCGCCGCUUCGUGGAGCUGCGGGACGCGCUGCAACACCUGCACGCGCCGGCCCCCGACCCGCACUAG